AUGCCGGCGCGUGCAGACCUUGCUAUGGUGCCCUCCGACUCUCCCCCAGAACCCAUCUUCGACCCGCCAGGCGAUGUACGAACGACUCCCCACCUCCAGGUGGGCUACGCAAACGAUAAAUUGCCAAUGCUCAACCAGUACGUGCGACGCAACAAAAUCGGCGUGGGACAACAUGGGAAAGUGUAUUUAUGCGAGGAAGUGGUGCAGCGGUCGGGGGACAGGAACAGGGGCGGGGGUGACCUAGUGGUGAGGCAGCUAGUGGCUAUGAAAUCGGUUAGGCGCAAUAAUCCACGCGAGGAGCAGUGGAAACUGUUGCGCAGGACGCCCCUGCCAACGUCACCUCACUUGUCCGUAGGCGACAAAUUGAGCACCACCGAAGCCAAAAUUCGCAGAGAAAUAGCUAUCAUGAAAAAGUGCCGCCACGCCCAUGUCGUGCGGCUCAUAGAAGUCAUAGACGACCGGCUGAGGGACAAAAUAUACAUGGUAAUGGAGUACCUUGGAGGGGGCGAGGUGAAAUGGAAGAACACGGACAGCCAACCCAUCCUCACCGUUCUCCAAUCAAAUCGCAUAAUGCGUGAUGCCAUCCUUGGUUUAGAAUAUCUCCAUUUCCAAGGAAUAAUCCACCGUGACAUCAAGCCGGCCAACUUGCUGUGGACGGCAGACCGUAGUCAUGUCAAAAUUGCUGAUUUCGGUGUCUCCCACUUCUCUUACGCGCAGCGACUCGCAGCAGCCGGUGCUAGUGCUACUGCCGAUGACCCCACUGAUCCCAUCCUCCUCGAGGACUCUGAUCUCAGCAAACGGGCCGGUACGCCUUCCUUUCUGGCCCCAGAAGUCGUAUACGAGCACACAUAUGGGUAUGAACCUUCCGACCCUCGCCCCGAAAUCACCAAGGCUAUUGAUAUAUGGGCGCUCGGUGCCACUCUCUAUUGCCUUCUCUUUGGUGAAAAGCCCUUUCACCCCGAUCCCAUCAUCAACUCCGAAUUCAGCAUGUACAACGCUAUCUGCAAUGACGACUGGACUGUCCCGGAGACGAUGGGCUUCGACUGUAUCCCAACGGGUGGGCGGCACCCUACAGACGAGGAUUCAGAGGGGGGAAUGGUGAUCCACCUUCUAGACCACUUCCUGACUAAAGAUCCGGCCCUUCGCAUAACUUUAGCAGAGGUGAAGCGACACCCUUGGUUCCUUCGCGAAGUACAGCGACCGGAUAAAUGGCUGCGAGACACGUCACCCCACAAGAUCGAGGUCACCUCUGCCGACACGGAGACCGCCAUGACGGGGGUUCGUUUCAGAUGGAAGUGGGGCAGUAGUCUCACUCGCCACAUCUCCACCCUCUUUCGUCAGGUCCGGGAGGCAAAGCCAUAUGCUGCCGCCUCGCACCAGGGAGAAGCAGAUAACCCCAACGCGACAAGGUCAGCCCCACGGAUGCGUAUCAAAACGACAGACGUUGCCCGCGAGAGAACCCCCCGUGACAUGCCUGGGCCUAGUAAAUAUACCGCGCCGACAGGUCGGGAGAAAGGAAAGAAGCGAGCAGAUAGCCACGGUGACAAAAGCCAGCGCUCUAAAUCUGUCGAACGUUCCUCGAGCCGGAAAACCGCACCAAAGCCCAGCCUCUUAAGCACCUCAACGGCGUCGAAAGACGGGUCUUCAGACGCGAACCUCGUGCCUCAAGUGGGUUCGUCUGUGGGUUCGUCUGCGCAGACGAGCCCCACCGAAGGCCGGCCGAAGUCACGGUUCAGCAUAUAUUCACCUUCUACCUGGCAUUGGCGGUCUACUAAAAACCUGACGACCCAGUCGCAGUCGACAUCGCCCGGCGGCAGCACGCCUAGCCGCAGGCAACUUUCCCCUCAUAGCACACCUCAGCCUUCAUCCAUGCAUUCACCCGACACUUGCAGUCCUAGCUCUCACUCCCCAGUUUCGCCGGUUUCUCCUGACCUAACUAUAAGCUCAGAGCUUCUCGGCCGAGGGAUUCGGCGUAGUGAAGAAGCUCUCCGUGGUAUGCAAUUUGAGGAUAUCAGUAGUAGUGGUCCUCUAACUGCAGCCCGACGUGCAUCGUCAUGGGGAGAUAACCCUACCGAAUUCAACGAAGUGACCAGCUUGAAUUCUGAAGAUCACGACCUGGACGAAUCCUGCAUCCUCGUCGGCGCUGGGGGCGUGUCAAACGAGUCACCGUUCCGUCGUACUGCUUCCGUCGGUCUACAGCUUGGUUCCAGCCCACUCGCUCAAAUUGCGUACAACAUCAGCCACGAGGGCUACGUUUACCCCGACUAUGAAGACGAUCUCAUCGACGAUUCGUCCACUUUUGCGAGUGCGCGCAGUAUAGAUGAGCCUGUUCGUAGCCGUGGUAUCGCCGCCAUCCAUGCGAAUCUCGGGUCCCAGUACGACGACUUUGACGACGAUGAUGCAACGACUUCGGAAGACCACGAGGGCCAUCUUUCGUUCGACACACGGCGGCGCGCACUCACGCCCGACCCCCCAGGGACUUCCUAA